UUUAUGUUCCCAUAAUGAAUUUGAUACCAAAUUAUUAUUUGCUCAUUGUGCGAUGUGACCAACAUUUCGUGAAAUUUAUCGCAAUAUUCAAAUUCGAGAACUUUGUUUCUUUGGGAACUUUUGCCUUUUCCUUUGGGCCUCAUCCCAAGAAAACAAGCAUCAGCACGCGGUUUUGAUACCCUCUUGCCACAGGUUUAUGGCCCAAACCUUUAUUUUCUCGUCAACACUCCCAACAGUUUUCCUAAACUGGCGCCACUGUCUUGAAUCUCACUUUUUUACCAUAUCAGCUGACCAUAUAUAUAUAUAUAUAUAUAACCACAAUUAAAAUUCAAGAAAACCCCAAAAUCUCAUUUCAUACUCUAACAAAAAGAAUCACAAAAAAUAAGGAAAAAAAAAAUGAGUGCAGCCUGCAGAGCUUGGGUGGUGGCAGUAAGUAUUGGAGCAGUGGAGGCACUGAAAGACCAAGGAGUCUGCAGGUGGAAUGGGGUUCUGAGAUCGGUCCACCAGCAUGCCAAGUACAACAUCAGAUCCUAUUCCCAAGCCAAAAACCUCUCCUACUCAUCGUCUUCUGCAACUUCUAUGACGAUGCAGAGAUCACAGGAGUUGAAGGUGAAAAAAGUCAUGGAGUUGGUUUGCUGGGGUCCCAAUACUGUUAGAAUUUAGCAGUUAAUUAGAUUUUUACCACGAAAUUGCCGCUACUCUUGGAUUUGAUGUUUGGGUUGGAGAUUAUGAUUAAAUUAUAAG